AUGUCACUAUUUACUGAGUCUGCAGAGACAGUCAUUCGUGAGGUCGUCGAAGAAACCAACAGCGUGAACCUCAAGAUCCUCGAGGCAUUGACCGCCAUGCAAGAUCGCAUGGCUUGUCUCGAGCUUUCGCAGCUUAAGAGAGAGGAGGAUGAGCGCAUGAAGUAG